AUGGUGGUCCACCAGGUGGGCAGCAGGGGCCGAGUGGCAGCCGAGAGAAGGGGAAGUCGCUGCGAGGACAGGAAGCAGGUGCGCCAAGAGCUAGGGGGCAUGCAGAGCCCAGCAUUCCUGCUGAGCUGCAGAGUCCGGCGGCCGGAGCUGCCGGCCUCUGGAGGACAAGGCCUUGGAGAGAAAGAAGGGCUGUGUGCUGACGGCACCCCGGCCCAGACGCUGUUGGCAUUGCUGGUCCUGGUGCUCUAUGUGGGCACAGGAAUAUCAGGAAGAAGUUGGGAGGUGUCAGAAAGGAUCAGAGAAUGUAACUACCCCCAGAAUCCUGUGACUUCCCAGGUGUUUGAAUACCAGACCAGCGACUCCCCAGAAGAGCCGAUCAAGGUCAUGAGGACCUGGUUGAAAGAGAACUUGCAUGUUUUCUUGGAGAAGCUAGAGAAAGAGGUGCAAGAGCUGGAGCGGCUGGUACGGGACCUGGAGGAAUGGCUGGAUGCCCUCCUGGGAGAGGGGCACCCGGAGGACCUCUGCUCCACCGUCAGAAAUCACCUGUGA